GAAGAGGACGCCGAUGGCUGACGCUGACUGGUGCGUGUUCUGCGACAUCGCCGGCCGCGCCCCCGGCUCCACCACCGAUCUCCUCUACUCCGAUGACAAGGUCGUCGCGUUCCAGGACAUCGACCCGUCCGCGUUCAGGCACUAUCUUGUCAUACCCAUUGAGCAUAUACCAACUGUAAAUGAUCUCCGAAUAACCAACGAACAUCACCAGUUAGUUAGUCACAUGGUGAAGGUGGGAAAAGAUUUACUCGAUCGAGAUGCUCCCAUAUCUGAGGAACAUAGAUUUGGUUUUCAUCAACCCCCAUUUAAUAGUAUUGAUCACCUUCAUCUUCACUGCCUGGCACUGCCAUUUAUGCCCAGCUGGAGGCAAGUAAAAUAUACACCAUUGGGUCCCCUGGGGGGUUUUAUUGAUGCCGAGAAGCUAUUGGAAAACAUAAAACCGCAAACAGAAGCAAACAGUUAAUACCAACAUUUCCCUAUUAUUCUUCCUGUUAGCACACAUCUUCUUUUUUUGCUUGCAUUAUCACUUGUAUAUAAUUUGCAUCGCAAUCACUAUUUUUGGAUCGCUGUAAAUUCAGAAUACUUGGUAUGUAAUGCUAUACUGAAUUAACC